CAUGGUGGGGAUGGCGCUGACGCGGGCCUGGAAGCACAUGUCCUGGUUCUACGACCAGUACCUGCUCGUCACGGUGCUCUACAUGCUGGAGCCCUGGGAGCGGACCGUGUUCAAUUCCAUGCUGGUUUCUGUUGUGGGGAUGGCCCUGUACACAGGAUGUGUCUUCAUGGCCCAGCACAUCAUGGCGAUAUUGUACUACUUAGAAAUUGUACCAUCUGGCUGUAUCUAUGUGGUAGAAAAAGAUGACCAUCAGCAGUUCCAAGAUUAUGUGACUCUUACAGCUCUGGAUCAAAAGAGAAUCUUUCCUGAUAGCUCUGAGAACAAGUUCAGGACUGUUCAGGGCUGGCUCACAGGCUCAGUCCUGGAGCCAGGGAGUAAGGUUAGCUUCAACCAAGUCUGA